AUGUCCAAAGAUGACGGGCCUGUCGAGGCCAAUGGCCACGAAACCUCUCCCCCUGAUAUCUUCAAUGCCAGCUCGGUCUCCGAAAUCAAAGCGACGCUGCUACACCUCCACGACCAGGAAGCGGCAGUCACGGCCCGGCUCGAUGCUCUGGUCGCUUCUCAGAAGGAUUUUUCCCGCGAACUCGGACGCCUCGACCUGUUACGUGCUCAUCUCGGCACGCAGGUGAACACCGCCAGGAAUAUUAGCCAUGGCAUGCUGUCCCCGGCCGCAGCAACUGCCGACCGCAUCUCAGGGGCAGUGCGACGUCUGGACCUGGAACAGGCGCGAGUCAAAGCCACGCUAGAAGUUGUCGAGCAGGUGGCCGAGCUGAAGGCAUGUGUGCUAGGAGUCAAUGGGUCGAUGGAAGGCCCGCAAGAUUGGGAGAUGGCAGCCAGCUAUUUGAAUCGCGCAUCCAAAAUUCCGGCCGAUGUCGUCAAUGGAGCUUUUGCGGCGCAGAUUGUGCCUACGGCGGAGGUGCCGGAUCCGCCGAGCGUUACGCUACAUAAUGCAUCGGAGUCUCUGUGCGGGCUGUUUUUGAGGGAGUUCGACAAGGCUGUCAAGGAAAACAAUGGUGCUAAGAUCACGCGGUUUUUCAAACUAUUUCCUCUCAUUGGUCGAUCAGAGGUGGGCUUGGAUGUCUACGGGCGAUAUGUCUGCCAAGGUGUCGCAACGCGGGCUCGGUCAAACCUGAAUACAGGCGCUGGCAGUGGGCAAGCCACGGAUGGAUACUUUUAUGCUAGUGCGCUCACGAAGCUUUUUGAGCAUAUUGCUCAAAUUAUUGACGGGCACGGGGCGCUGGUCGAACGGCAUUACGGUUCCGGAAAAAUGACCCGGGUUAUUGAGAGGUUGCAAGUGGAAGCCGAUGUCCAGGGAGGUAUCAUUAUCGACACAUGGACGGACGAGAGGAACGUCGUCCGGAAGUUGACAGAUAUCAAAUCUUAUGCAUUUACGUUCUUGGUGCAAAGCUUCCUGCCUGCACAACGUACCUCUGGUACCCCUCGUACCGGUUCUCCGGCCCACCGAGAUGGACUUGCAGGCGAAGUUGAAGAUGAAGGGGUCGACAUGAUAGAAAUUGAUGCGAUCCUCAACGAAUUGGGAGUGAUGCUUGGACGGUGGUCACUCUAUUGCCGAUUCCUCGGCGAUAGCUGCAGGCCAAUUGAAGAAAACGACAAUGUGGAUGCGCCGUUGAUGCUCCCGGAUUUCUUGGUGGAUUCUCCUCUGUCGAAGAAGAUCAAGGACCGAAUGAUUGGCCCUUUUAAUGCGAUGACUACAUUCUUUCUCCGUCGUUCCGUGGAGAAAGCAUUCCAGCUGGAUGAGCAGCCCUCUGGUCUUACACUGAAUCUACAUAGCGCGCUCAAUUCAGAGCCCCCCCACAUCACCUCGGCUGUUGACGAUAUCAUGUACAUUGUGAACAAAGUUCUCCAACAAUCUAUCGCAACAUCGCAGGCACAAGUCGUGACGAAUGUAGUACCGACGCUUUCAAGGAUACUCGGAGCGGACUUCAUCGGCAUGAUUCAACGAAAGAUGCGCGAUGAAUACUACCCGCGGCCGGCGGUCCAGGGAGCCCAGCCAGCGGAACAGACGGUGAUUGCGUUUUUGGUCUUGAUCAAUAAUCUGGAUGUCGCAGUGGACUACAUCCGACGAAUCGUGCGAGGUCAUGUUGACAACAAGCCGGGUCGCGCGGAAGGAGAGGAGACUAAAGGAGGUAUAGAGGACGGCGCCGGUAGCGGGCUCGAAAGCAUAUACCCUCUUUCGGACGAUGCGUCGGUUGUGCGACAGGCGCUGCAGUCCCUGUCGACAUCAUUUGAGUCCAAGGCCAGUGACUUGAUUUCGGAUGGCAUCCAGGUGGUUUUCAACAACGUCGUCAAGACACGACUGCGGCCGAUUCUGGCCGAGUCAUUCCGGGACAUUGAAUACCAGCCACGGGACCACAACGACCCGACGGCCAGCACAUAUCAGAACUACGAGGUCGACGAAGACGAAGACGAAGAGCUACCGCGGGCAGAAUUGGUGCGGCCGCGGUUUGCGGGGAUGUGGGCAGAGCUGGUCUCACCGUUAUCACGGAUCCUGACGCCGACGGCGUUUGAUCGUCUGCUGACGAUUACGGUUGCGUAUCUGGCGCGGCUGCUCGAGAAACGGCUGUGGUCGUAUCACGGACGAGUCAACGCGCUGGGGGCGAUUCGGUUGGAGCGGGAUGUUUCGGGGAUUGUGACUACGGUGGUGGAAGUGGGGAGCAGCCAGGGGGCGCCGGCGCGCUAUCGGCACCGCGAGGCAUUCUCUCGGUGCGUGCAGAUUACGAUGAUUAUGGCGAUGGACGAGGACGAGUGGGAUGAUGUAGUGGGCGGCGGCGAGACGGCGGACGUGGUGGACAAGCUGGGGGUGGACGAGCGGGCGCGGGCGCGGUCGAUGAUACGCGAGCAUAGGUGA